UGGAAAGUGUCGAGAGGGUCUUCUGUACGUGGCAGCCACUAAAAAAUCACUGCAAGACCAUCUGAAACAUAGCGGACGGGUGUUAUUAAACUCCUGUAGUCGAGCUCUAACCUCACAUGGUACUUACAAACCAAACGACACGAUAAAUAAUACGUUUCAGCCGUUUUUACAUUAAGGUUUUUCUCGACCAUGGCAGCAUUUCUGGUGUUUCUGCUGUCGACUCUGUGCUUCUCUUCUCCCACGCGAGCAGAAAUCUUCACCUCGAUCGGCCAAAUGACCAACCUGAUAUUCACCGAGCGGGAACUGGUCCAGUCCCUAAAAGAAUACAUUCAAGCAGAAGAGCUGAAGCUUGAAACUGUCAGAAGCUGGGCUAAUAAACUGGAUAAGUUGACGCGUACAUCCACAUCAGAUCCUGAAGGCUUCCUGGCUCACCCGGUGAACGCUUAUAAACUGAUGAAGAGACUCAACACAGAGUGGUCCGAGUUAGAGAGCCUGGUGCUUCAGGACCCUUCUGAUGGCUUCAUCUCCAACAUGUCGGUGCACAGACAGUAUUUCCCAGAUGAAGAGGAUGAGAAGGGAGCAGCCAAAGCUCUGCUGCGUCUGCAGGACACCUACAAACUGGACGCAGAGAGUUUCUCCAAAGGAAAACUGCCAGGAGUGCGUUACAAUGCUCUGCUGACGGUGGACGACUGCUUCGACAUGGGGAAAAUGGCCUACAACGACAAUGAUUACUAUCACUCAGUGCUGUGGAUGCAGCAGGCGCUCAGACAGAUGGACUCCGGAGAAGAGGCCAAAACACCGAAAGCGGAUGUGCUGGAUUAUCUCAGUUACUCCGUCUAUCAGAUGGGGGAUCUGCCACGAGCCAUCGAGCUCACCAGACGCCUGCUGGCCAUCGAGCCGAGCCACCAGAGGGCAGGAGGGAACCUGCGCUACUUUGAGCGUCUGCUGUCUAAAGAGCUGCAAGACUCAGGACAGACCCAGCCGGAACCUGCAGACGAGAGACCCAUUCAGCUGGACACAUACCAGCGGCCCAAAGACUACCUGCCUGAGAGAGAGGCUUACGAGGCCCUGUGCCGAGGGGAGGGCGUCAAAAUGACUCCAAAAAGGCAGAGCCGGCUGUUCUGCCGCUAUCGAGACGGAAACCGAAAUCCCCGUCUGCUGCUGAAACCCAUGAAGGAGGAGGAUGAGUGGGACAGUCCUCACAUCGUGCGCUUUCUGGAGGCUCUUUCUGAUGAGGAGAUCCUGAAGAUCAAGGAGAUCGCCACACCCAAGCUUGCGAGAGCCACAGUGAGAGAUCCCAAAACAGGAGUUCUGACCGUCGCACAUUAUAGAGUCUCCAAAAGUGCGUGGCUGGAAGGAGAAGAUGACCCAGUGAUCGCACGGGUCAAUCAGAGAAUAGAGGACAUCACUGGGUUAACUGUGGAUACUGCUGAACUACUACAGGUUGCGAACUAUGGCGUCGGGGGUCAAUAUGAACCACAUUUUGAUUUCUCCAGGCGUCCUUUUGACAGUAACCUCAAGGUUGACGGAAAUAGACUUGCCACCUAUCUGAACUAUAAAGAUGAACCUGAUGCUUUCAAAUCAUUAGGCACUGGAAAUCGUGUGGCUACUUUUUUAAAUUAUAUGAGUGAUGUUGAAGCCGGCGGAGCGACUGUUUUCCCUGACUUUGGUGCUGCUGUGUGGCCCAGAAAGGGAACAGCAGUGUUCUGGUACAAUCUGUUCAGGAGUGGAGAAGGAGACUACAGGACGAGACAUGCAGCCUGUCCUGUACUAGUAGGCAGCAAAUGGGUUUCAAACAAGUGGAUCCACGAGCGGGGGCAGGAGUUCAGACGGCCGUGUGGCCUGACGGAAGUGGACUGAUCAGGGAUGAUGAACGCAGUAUAUUACCCACAGUGCCUUGACUCUGCGCACACACACAGAGACAAUCACACAAUCCACGUUCAUCCAUAUGUGGCAUCCGUAAGGCAUUAAGGCUUUAUUUUGUGUGUUUGCAUUCACCAGUCAGGUUAACCUGAGGAGUCGUGUCAUUGUUUUAUGUAAUGCUUAAAUUAUUGUCCUGUUCUAGUGUUUAUUUUAUAUUCAUGUAUGAUUUGCAAUAAAAAUAUAGGAAAUUA